UAUUUCGUAACGUAUCGUCUGUCCCCCUCGCCGCGUCUACACGAGUCAUGAGCUCGAAGCCGAACAUAUUCUUGGCUAGGUCAUUGUAAUGGAUGGUUGUUCAAAUACAAGUGUACCCGAGCGAGUUAUCUUUUGGCAGUGUCGAUAAUUAUUGUGUUGAUAUCGUGCCGGUGCAUUUAGAAAGUAGCUGUUAUGAUUGACAGAAAAAUGAGGUUGAGUAAAAACGACAAAAAGGACCUGGACAAGUUCACCAAAUUUUUGGCCUUAAAGGCUACUGAGGUGAUCGUCCAGAGCCGUUUGGGCGAGAAAGUGUCCACUCCGUGUAAACCGCACUCGACGGGAGCUGAUUGGUUCAAUUUGAACAUCAACGACCUUCCCGAUGUAGUCAUCGAAGCGAAAAAAGUGUUGAAAACUGAUCUGCUACUCGCUAGACAGUGUCCGUUUUGUAUUGAGAUAUCUUUGAGAACGGCCGAAGGUGACCAAAUGGUUCUCGAGUCGUGGUGUGUGCGUUUGCUGCCGGACCAGUGCGACCCGUCAACCACCAAUGGGCAAACAAUUUACAACCGCAUGGGGAUUUUGUUAAAAUCGUUAGUGUCGGUUACCCGCGUAACGCCCGCUUAUAAACUGUCUCGAAGGCAGGGCCCCGAUUCAUAUGUUAUGUGUUAUCGGAUUUAUAUGGACGAACCUUUGGACCAUUGUUUAGGUGAUGGCUUUAAACAGAUCCGCGUCGGACAAAUUUGCACCCCCAUCGGUACCCUGCAAUUAUCAGUCGCAUAUCGCACCAAAAUGACCAUAUCGCCGACCCAGAAUAGCAGGGACAACUCAAUCAUGCUGAAAAGUGACCAUUUUAAUACUAACCUUAGCCCCAAGAACAGGAGGUACAGUCAGUGUGACGACAGGGCGUCGUCGCUCAGCGAGACGAUGAAGAUCGGCGCGUUCGCCGACAAAAAGAAGAAACACUUCGACGAGCCCCAGCUCGAUUUGCCGUUCUGCACAUUCUUCGCCGACAAGAUAUCCCUGAACGAGCACAACCCCGACGACGAGCCGAACAACCUCCAGGCUGAUCGGCUCGGCAACGGUACCGACGUCCAGGUCAACGGCGGCGUAGAAAACGGUCGAAGGUCUUCUUCGUCGGAGGAGAGGAACGGCAACGUCGCGUCGGAUGGCAUUACGAUGGUCUCGACAAACGACGACUUCAUUAUGGUAGACUUGAAAACGCCAUUCGCAAAACCGUCGGGCGAGAAAUUUGAACUCGACAAGUUCUUCAGAGAGUGUCAGCAGGCGCCCCUAUUGGAGACGUUCAAGGAUUUGCCCCCGCUCGAGGGCCAAGACCUCCAGAAGCAGCUGGAUACGUUCGAGUCUGACCUGAACGAGUUCGACAGUAUCGUUCAGACGUUGUGUCAGACGUCUCCCAACAAUAACUGAGAGAGAAAGAGAUAGAGAGAAUGCUCCCCAUGUUAUUUAUUGUACGUUUUCUGAAAAUGUACGGCAGAUUAUUUGAGAUUGCGCCCCCGUUUGUUUUCUUUGAUUGCCUGUGAUCGUUUUAGAUCGCCCGACGACCCUGGGCCACGAUCGUGCCUGCUGAGAGUGGUCGUUUUGUGGGAGAGAGAGUGAGAGAGAGAUUGUUUGCUUGGUUCUUUUUGUCGCGUUGCGUGGAUUCCGGAGGUUUGGUUUCGAAACAGGCAUUUCUUUCGAGUGCGACGACGCCCUGUUACCAAAGACUGAUCGAUAGAAAUUUUUGAGAAAAAAAAGUAGAUUUUUAACGUUUUUGUACAGGUUAUUUAAAAAAAAUUUUUAGAGAGACACUAGUCGGAGGUUUAGAGAAUUAGGUCGAAUUUUGUUAUAGCGUCCGAAAUCAUCAGCAAAUUUGCGCGAGAAACACCGACCACGUUUCGAGGGUUAGGUGGAGGUACUGGUUAUUGUUACGCCUAAGGCAGAGUACGUAAAUUUAGCUAAUUGUAAGUGGGCGUUCCAAGGAUGAGUGCAUUUCGCGAUUACCAUCAUUCAAUAUUGUGGCAACUUUUUUUUUCUCGGCGCGACGAAUAACUCUUGUUUAUUUAUGAUCCGAUAGCAUAGCAUGUCUGCAGAGCCUUUCUUUGCAUGACUGCAACUUGUCAUGUAACGUCACCUGAGAUAUGCCUAAUACAUAAUGUUGCAUCUAUUUCUUAGUCUUGUGAGUGCUUGGGUAUUUUGUAUUGGUUUGCCUGACUACUGCAAUAACGUUUUGCGGAAGUUGUGCUUGCUUUAAUUCUCCUUCUUACACAGGACUGCGACGUUGUUACAUCAUUGUGUAUAUUUUCUCAAUAAAUUAGACGUUUUCAUUCAUAAGAUGGUUUGUGCCGCAGCACCACGUGCUGGGUUUAACUAUUUUUUGCUAACUAUAAAUUGCAGUUGUUUCAAAUCUUCCCAAUACUACAUAAUUUAACGCUUUUUGUACCAUUUCAAUUCGUUUGUGACCCUUUGUUUGGACUGAAAGUCUACUAAUUAUUGCUUCACUGUUAUUUUCCUCUUUCUAAAUCGAGCCAUUAUAACCUUUUUUGGCAGUGUCUUGCCCAUGCGACAGUUUUUGCGCACCCAAUUGUCAAAAGUUCUUUUAGGAUAAAAGUUAUUCGACUUAUAGAUCAUCUUCACAAACGCAAUUUUCGGAAUUUCAGUUGACGCACAGGAUUCCAACAACAAUUCUAGAUAUCAUCAUUGCUAAGUAUCUUCAUUAUCUUAAUUUUAUUAUUACAAUUUAAAGCCUCCCGUGAGGGUUCCUUUGAAAAAGCUGUCACUCGCUGCGUUCCACGGCAACCUCGAUUAGCUAAUCGAGAGACGCGGUCGUCCUUGGAUCGCGCACGCGCCCUGCUUAUUCGAUAUUUAAGAAACGAAAACGUUAAUUAUAAUUAUUCUCGGACGAUUUUAGUGUUGUUUGUUGCCGCGAGCGGGCGCGGCGGGAACUGUCGGCGCGCGUAAUCUCUUUCCGCGUCGGUCGUCGAAUACUUUUAAAGGCCGCGGAACGGCGGGGUGUGCGCGUGCGUUAACCUUAGUCCGCCGCGACCUUGACUGCGAUACUUUCGAGCCAACAUCUUUGCGUUUCCGCCGCACGGUUUCGCUUACGUAUAUGAGUAAUACGGUUCCCGUUUUGUGUUUGUUUUGAAAAAACAUUUUUGUUUUCGCGCGCGUUCUAGUAUGUUUUGCUCAAUAUCGUAUAAGCUUAGUUUAGGGCUUCGUUUUUUUUUUUGUAAAGCCGGGAUUAGCCAACGUAAAUUUUAUCGGGUAUACAAAGUAUACCCAUUAUAUAAUUCAUUAAUAAUAUGACCUAUUGCUUUGAUUAUACAAUUUACAAUAACUCAAGAAAAUAAACGCAACAAAAGUUUUGGUUAAGCUGAACUCAAAAUUCUUAAAUGUCAAUUGUUAACUAUUUAGUUGGCUAAUCCAUGCCGGGAGAAGUUUGUUGGAUGAAUGGCGAGCGCAUUUUAGUCGUGUGUCAAAUUUGUCGGGAGAGAAACUGUCGGCUGGUUCUUUUUUGUUUUAUUAAAAACGUUGAAAAUAUAUAUUUAUCUUUUAA